UAAAAAGUCGAACUAAGAAAACGAUGCUGACGGUUUUCUUCAUUUCCCUGUUGCUUUUUCUUCUUCUCUCCGCUCUUCUCUUCAAGUUUGCCAUUUCUGAUGGAGAUUUUACUUUAACCUCAAAAAGGCAUGUAAAGCGUGAAGAAAUUGAAGACAAGGUUGUUUGGAUUACUGGAGCUAGCCGUGGGAUCGGAGAAAUUCUUGCUAAGCAAUUGGCAAGUUUAGGGGCCAAGCUCAUUCUUUCUGCACGAAAUGAAGCUGAAUUGGAGCGAGUUAGGAAACAACUUACUGGUAAAUAUGCGCCUGAACAAGUGAAGAUUUUGCCCCUUGAUUUGACAUCUGGAGAAGAUUCUCUCAAGGAAGCUGUAGAGAAAGCAGAGUCCUCUUUUCCUGGUGUUGGUGUUGACUAUAUGAUCCAUAAUGCAGCUUAUGAGCGUCCUAAAACAACAGCUUUGGAUGUAACAGAGGAAAGUCUUAAGGCUACAUUCAAUGUCAAUGUAUUUGGGACAAUAUGUCUCACACGGCUUCUGACACCGUUUAUGCUGAGGAGAGGAAGAGGUCACUUUGUUGUGAUGAGCAGUGCUGCCGGAAAGACAUCUGCACCUGGUCAGGCAGUGUACUCUGCAUCCAAAUAUGCUUUAAAUGGAUACUUUCAUACCUUGCGUUCUGAGCUUUGUCAGAAAGGGAUCAAGGUUACUGUUGUUUGUCCGGGGCCGAUAGAAACAUCAAAUGGUUCUGGAGCAACGACUUCCGGGACAAAGUUUUCCUCCGAGAAGCGUUUGUCAGCAGAAAGGUGUGCGGAACUUACAAUCAUUGCUGCCUCUCAUAGUUUAAAGGAAGUUUGGAUAUCAUACCAGCCUGUACUAGCGGUAAUGUAUCUGGUGCAAUACAUGCCUACAAUUGGCUUUUGGCUUAUGGACAAGGUUGGAGGGCGUCGAGUAGAAGCUGCUGCACAGAAAGGCAACACCUACUCGUUGAGCUUACUUUUUGGGAAAAAGAAGGCAGCCUGAAUUAUUAAUCAGAAACCAUGCUUGUAUUUUUCUUUAGCUAAGGUUACUUAAGUUGUAGCACGUGAAGAACAUCUUCGUCUCAAGAUGAUUGGAUUGCAUAAUCAUGCAGCUUAAUUAGAGGUUAAACGUUACUUGCAAGUGUUAAUUGCACAGUUAAUAAUGCAGUUACUGUUUCUUC